GAUUUUCCCGGUUUCCCUAAAUGGUGGACGACGCAAAACAAGAAAUAAGUACUAUAACUAACUAUUCGUGGUGGCCAAGUUCAUUCUAUCAACAUUAUUGGUUUGAUCUACCCAAAAUCAUGUUGGCAACUUUGGAAAGAAAACUACUGUCGCGUGUCUGGCAUUUGUUAGAUGAACAAUUUGUCUCAAUAGGCGAGGGAAAUAAUAUUAGAACAAUAUCUAUGAAUACUUCAUGCCCAAAAACUCCUUUAGUAAUGGUACACGGAAUGGGUGCUGGUAUAGGCAUGUGGGCUUUAAAUUUAUUCGCUCUAUCUAGAUUUAGACCCUUAUACGCUUUCGACGUCCUCGGUUUUGGCAGAAGUUCUAGGCCAAAAUUUAGUAAUGACCCUAUGCUGGCUGAAAUGCAAUUCGUAGAAAGCAUUGGUAGGUCUAUUACAUUUUUUAACCGAUUUCUUUUUCUAUUUUGAAAUCAUGAAGAGGAUGUUGAAAUACAUUGACAUUGUUACUAAAGCGAUUUUUUUUUCUGUUAUCUAUUUAUAGAGGCAUGGCGAGAUAAAAUGGGUAUUGAUAAAAUGAUUCUCCUUGGCCAUUCUCUUGGCGGCUUUUUAACAACAUCUUAUGCAAUUCGGUAUCCCGAACGGGUAGAACAUCUUAUUGUUGUAGAUGGAUGGGGAUUCGCUGUAAUGCCUCAGAAUGGAUCCGAACGAACACCAGUACCCAGGUGGAUUAAAAUAUUAGCUAGCAUGUUGUCUCCAUUUAACCCAUUUGCGGGUAUAAGAGCUCUUGGUUUUGUUGGAAAGCAUUUAAUUAGAAAAUUUCGCCCUGAUUUAAUACAAACAUUCAGUUCUGUUACUGAAGAUGAGCCUACAGUCGUUGCAGAUUAUAUAUAUUAUUCUAAUUCUCGUAAACCAAGCGGUGAAUCAGCAUUUAAAGCUAUGACAAUGUCUUUUGGAUGGGCAAAAAAUCCAAUGUUGAGUCGUAUACACAAACUUAGUGAGAAGGUUCCUAUGACGAUGAUUUAUGGAUCGAGGUCAUGGAUUAGUGAUUCUUCUGGUUGGGAAGCCAAAAGAAGACGACAAGAAGAGAACGAAAAUUGUUUUGUUGAUGUACACAUUAUUAAAAAUGCAGGACACCAUGUUUACGCCAAUCAAUCUGAGGAAUUCAAUAAUCUUAUAAACAAAAUAUGUUCCGCUGGUGGUGAGCCCAAAAAAAUUCGAACUAAGGCUUCAAAAUUGUCGCUAACAAUCCAGGAUACCGUAUCAAACAACGAACAUAUCCAUAGAAACGCUUAUGAAGGGGAAGCUCAAACUGUAAAAUUGAACACAGACUUAUCAGAGAUUAAACAAGCUGCCCGUUUGGAGGAUUACGAAACCAUACGCUUCCAGGUUGGGGAAGUUGAUGCCUAAGUCUAAUUUAUAGGAUUUUUGAUAUUAUUACCUGCAGUGUUUGUGUAUGUCUUUAUUUAUUUUAAUAAUUAUAAAUUGUUACGCUAAUACGGUUUCGUCUUUCCUUUUAAAAUAUAUGAAAAUCAUUUGUUAAUGUAAUAAAUAGUGUCAAAUAUCUGGAUUAGAAUUCUUUGCCAUAUUACAUUAUUUCCAAACGGUCAAGGGUUUAUGUGGCCUGUAGUCAUAGAACUAGUUGCUAACAACAAAAAAUUGAUAAACAACAUUCCACAAGUUCAAAAUAUUAAUAGAAUAGAAAUGUUUAAAAAAUUUUGAUGCAAAAUAAUUUUUCAACUGGAAUUGCAAAAUUUAUCAAAUUUGGAACAAAAAUAAUUUUAAAAAAUGGGUUUAAUUAAGAGAAUUUAAUUAGUUGCUAAUGUAAAUUCAAAUAUAGACCUAAAUCAUCA